AUGACGGAACUGCAGAGGAAGAUAGAACUGCAAUCAAUUGAGGAUCUGCAGUACUUGGUUGGAAAUAUCCAGCGAGGAGCGGAGGAAAAAAUUGAUCAAGCUUUACCGCCGAUGGAUGGGGUGGAAGAAGAUGCUAUGAGAAAACGAGUAGAAGAGGAUGUGCAUAAUUAUAUCCAUAAAGUUUUCCAAGUCCUCGCACCAAAUAUAACAAUAAACGGCCUUUCUCCAUCCCAAGAACAAAUUCAAUCCGUCCUCUCCUCCAGCUCCCUACCAACAGGCAUCAUCGAAGAACACGAGCCAUUCAACCAUAAACUAUUCGAGAAGGCGAAAGAUAACGCGCGGCAGGAAGAGGACCUCAUAGAGGAGAUAGCGCGAUUACGACGGAACAUUCCUGGCGCUGUCGUGGAAAAGAACAAGAAGAGAUUUAAGGAAGAAGUGGAAGCGGACGACGAAAACCUGAAAGUACUGGCCGCAAAGAUGGACGAUGCCGAAAAGAAGAGGAGUAUUGGUGGAAGCGUUCUGGGAAUUGGAAAAUUGGAGAGACAGGAUUCAGUUGAGCAGAAUUGGAGUCAUGGGGUGAAGGGACUCGAAAGAGUGUUAGGUGGACUACCCGAAGUCGUAGCAAGGUGCGACAGAGCGACAAAAGCCGAGGAGUAUGUUAAUGGGAUGCAUAAAGAAUGA